ACGUCGCUAGGAGCUACAUACGAGGACCGAAAGUUUUGGUGACGCAGGCAGGCGAGCUCCUCAGCGAAACGGCGACGUUUUCGCUUUAAAAUCGGGGUUAAAAUUCAAAUUUAUCACAUGUUUACUUCACUGAACGUUUUUUGACAGAUAAUUUUAAGCGGUAUGCGCUUUUUUUGCCCCCCCCCGGCAAACUAACGAGCUGCUGUCUUCUCUUCAUGACAACUUUCUCUGACGUGAACGGUAGUUAGCCGAAAGCUAAGUUACUUGUUCGACCGCAGUGUCAACUCUGUAAAACUCUUCAGAGGAAAAGCGUUUUGCUCGUUGUUUCUACAGGAUUUAACUUGCCUAAUCGAUACAGGACUGAAGCAAUGACGGGUAGAGAAGAAGAGUAUGACUAUCUCUUCAAAGUGGUGCUGAUUGGAGACUCCGGUGUCGGGAAGAGCAACCUGCUGUCCCGUUUCACGCGCAACGAGUUCAACCUGGAGAGCAAGAGCACCAUUGGCGUGGAGUUCGCCACGCGCAGCAUCCUGGUGGAGGGCAAGACCAUCAAAGCUCAGAUUUGGGACACAGCAGGCCAAGAGAGAUAUCGAGCCAUCACCUCAGCAUACUACCGUGGUGCUGUGGGUGCUCUCCUGGUGUAUGACAUCGCGAAGCAUUUGACGUAUGAAAACGCGGAGCGUUGGCUAAAGGAGCUGCAGGACCAUGCCGACAGCAACAUUGUCAUCAUGCUGGUGGGCAAUAAAAGUGACCUGCGGCACCUGAGGGCUGUGCCUACGGAUGAGGCCAAGGCAUUCGCAGAGAAGCAUGGGCUUUCUUUUCUCGAGACUUCCGCUUUGGACUCCUCUAAUGUAGAGCUUGCCUUCCAGACCAUUCUCACAGCAAUCUAUCGCAUUGUUUCUCAGAGGCAAAUCUCAGGGCGUGGUGAUGCCGAUUUCUCGCCCAACUCCAACGUAGUGCCCAUCACAGUGCAGCCCACUCAGAGCUCUGCCAAGCAAACCGUCUGCUGCCAGAACAACUGAGCAGCCACCACAGCACUACAGGAUCAUGGGAAAAACCGACAUCAGGCUGGCCAUGGGCUGCGAGACAGGCCUUGUGCAUGUCCAGCUCUGCUUAGUUUGUGGUGUCACUUACUAUGCAGCCUGUCGUUAUCAAAUGUAACACGCUUUAUCGGUUAUGCCCUGAUUCAUAAGCUUUAAUAUAGAAAAAGAAGAGAGAGGAUCAUUUUUUAUUUACAUAGACUGGACUGGACUGAUAAAUUGUUCUUUAUAUUUUCUCACUAGUUAGAGAUGGUACUGGGAGACCACAUUUUUAUGCACUUUUGUCGAAAGAAGACAAACUAGUUACGAACAGAAUGCUGGAAGAACUUUAUCACUGAAUAGCGUGUAGAAUGUACAGCGGUAGUCAAGAAUCGUGUGUUAAAUAUUUUUAGAUGGAAGGAGGGUGCUACAGUGAAAUUCUGUGCUUUUAUUAACCACUACACGUUGAGUCUAACUUCUAAUGCAACCUUGAACAAGGGAAACAAGCUCAUCUCAGUAUGUCUCAUACUGUCUAUUCAUAAGGCUGGCUCAAGGAGUGAAGCAACCUCUGAGAUUAUAUUGUUGAGAUUAAAUCCUGAGAGGCUGUAGACGUUUUCUCAUGGUGGUGUUAAUUUGUUAUUCUGCCUAUAUUAAGUUUUUUAUUUAUGGGUUCAUUAAUUGCAUGUCAUUAAUUGAGAGUGAAUCUAUUCACCUCCUUUAAGUGGCAUUCUGUAUUUGGGGCACCCAGAGUAAAAAGUAAAGCAGCUUACUCUGAUGAGGACCUGAAAGUGUCUAUGUCAUUAAGUUAUUUGACCAUUUUAAAAGCAGCAGUGAUCAAUGCUUUUCUGCUUGUAUGUCUGUUUUUGUUUUUGCUGAGCUUCGAAUGCAUGCCUAGUUUCUGUGGUCAAACUGAAAACAUGAGCACAUCUAGCUUUUUGAACAGUUUAGUUGAGGAAAUAGAGAUCAGUGGUUGUUGCAUAGGUGACUUUUCUGGGUGUUGUCCUUUUGGUAAUAGUGAUGUAACAAUUUUUUUUCUGCAGCUAGAAAACAGAGAGGCAGGGAUUAGACCAAGGCAGGAAGCAGCCCCUCUCAGGCUGGAGGCUCAUCCUCUAGGUGGAUGUAUUAUGUUGCAGGAUUGAGCAACAGUGGCGCUCGGAGCUGCUCGCUGAGGAGUUUCUGAUGUACUGGAAGGGGCUUGUCUUACUGUAAGUGAAAUCCUCAUUGCCCACCACUAUUAUCUGCCAUAUGUAACCUGAAGAGAGCCAUACCCUCCGGGAUCUCUGUUAAUUGUGUCCCAUCUUUCUCUCUUUCUCCUGCCCUCCCUCCUUCUCUCUCUAGUUGUAGUUGUGGCCAUAGCUAGGUGGUGUGGUGAAAGGGAUGCAGGGCUGAAUUUGUAGGUCAGGCUAGGAAAAAGAAAAGGCAAUGUGGUAAAAAUCAUUUAACUGUACUGGACCUACUGUAGCAUUCUAAUGAAAUACUUAGCAUUUCUCAACCUGAUGUCUGUCUGCUCCAUGUAUAAGAUCUUUUGUGACAUAAUUAUUAUAUUACCUAAUAAUUUGAAUGCAUUUCCUUGUAUGUAAAAAAGAACAGAAAACCUGUUGACUUGAAACAGUUACAAAAGAAGCCAGUGAGCAGGUGCUGAAACAGCUUAUUAUAAGUGUUUUUUGAGUGAAUGGAUUUUCUAUUCUUUUGUCUAAUCACAGGGACACGUGUUGAACUUAUUUUCUCUGUGGUAACUGACCUAAUGCUACAAAUGCGACGGAGAGAUUAGGUUGAAAAUGCUGAAGUUUUCUUUAAAGACAAAGAAGCAGACUCAGCUUUAUAAUUUACACAUAAGAUUACGUGACAGCAGAAACUUGAGUUCUUUAGCAGUGACCAUUGAUUAUUGCUGGUUUUAGAGCCACCUGCGUAUCCCCAUCAUGCACAAUGACUAAUGAAUUUCUUGUUUAAAUUAAGAUUUGUAGUCAAAACAACUAAACUGAGGCUGAUGUUUGUCCUGUUACAGUACUGUUUGUGCUAAUUUCUGCAUCUAAGACUAGGUGUGGUUAUACUUCAUCUGCAUUUAGAAAUUCUUGUUUGAGUCUAUAUUCUUAAGUAGGAUUCAACAGUACCUUUCACCCAAUAAUAGUUUCAGUUAAAAGGGCAAUAAACUUUUUUUUUCCAAAACACUACUGGAAAACUAAGUACUACUAAGACAUGGUGAUGUGAAAUUAAGGCUCACAGCAGUCUAUAAGCUGGGGAAAAUGCCAUUCUUUCCAGUGGUAUUCAGCAGAAAUAUGCACCUUACAUCUUGCUCCGGUCUCAUAACUAGACAUGUGGCCAACCAUGUGACCCUGCAUUGUAAUGUAACCUACAACUGAAAUGAGAAAAAUGUGACUUGCUGUUCCUUUAGCAUUAGUGGCAUUCACACUGUUUGGGAUUGAAGAAGGUUUUUUAUGGUCUGUAUAUUUGAAUAUAAUAUGAAUAAAAUGUAUUUGCUUUUA